AUGGUGUUCCUGACCUGGAGGCUGCUUUUGCGAAAGAAAGUGAUGGUAGCCAAUCCCGAGAAAGCAUGGAAAAAAGAAUUGCAGAAGAGGCUGGCAUGGCACCUCCGAGGACGAGUGCGCAAUUGUUACAAGCUGACACGUAAUGCAGUAAACCAUUCUUUAAAGAAUUCUACAACAUGUAGAAGCUUGCGACGAAAUUCAAUCAAUAAAAUAUUCUCCUAUCGUAUUGCAGCUGGGUGUGCCCCCCAUGGAGUUCAGUACUCCAGUUUCAUGAAGUCCCUCUAUGAGUCUGAUAUUCUACUCAACAAAAAAAUGUUAGCACAACUGUCGACUUAUGAGCCACGGACAUUUCAGAGUCUUUGUGAACUUGUGAAGACCAAACAUACAGAAUCUGUGCAGAAAGGACUAGCUUCAGCCUUGGGAUCCACUCCAAGUGGGGUUAUCACCAGGGACAUGAUCAAAAAAGUCAAGCUGUCCUAG